AAAGGUCAAUUAAUCCCUCCAUCUUCUCUGUAACAUCAGUCAACUUUUGAAUUUUAAAAUUAGUAUCUAAGUUUGCUCUUCUUCCCUGGUGACUUCAGGCAGUAACAAGUAACAACAUCAAUAUCAUGUUGCCGCUAGUUUUGCAUUGCAAGGGAACUGGAACGCCGUGCAGAAGAACACCGGGUUGGCGCGUUGCGGUAAGAGCUGCCGGCUCCGGUGGGCUAACCAUUUGCGUCCCAACCUUAAGAAAGGCACUUUCUCACCGGAGGAGGAAAGGAUUAUCGUCGAGCUCCACGCCAAGCUUGGCAACAAGUGGACACGCAUGGCCACUCAGGCUCAGGCAAUGGCAGGCAGCAGUGAUGGUUUUGGGAGGCAGACUUGCUUCAGCUCGCAAGAGGAGAAGCAAGACCUGGAUGGGUUCAGCCCUUGGGGAGAUUCAAGCUCUGUGGGACAAUGUUAUCCCUUCUCCCAUGCAAGUUCAUGAGUGGUACACCGGGGAUGGUAGGGAGGCCUCUAACGGGCAAUCUUCCGCAGUGACGGACGAUAAUCUUGGGCUCGAUAUGCAUCACUUAGCAUCUCUAUGUCCCAUGGACACCACAGCUGACCAUGGAAGGGUCCCUAGUUGGGACAACUUCCUUGGAAUUCGCUGACAUGCACAACUCAUGUAAACAGAAAAGGUGGAUGGGCUUUACAUUUUGUUCUGUCUUUGCUGAUAUAUGUGAUAUUUUUUUGUAUUUAGUAUGAUUGUAUAUUCUGUAAUAAAGAUAAUAAAAUAAGAAUUCCGAU